CAUAUACGCGGGGGAAGGGCGUUACAGAAGCGCGAAGUGGAAAGGGCCAAUCGUUCUGAACAGUUGAGCUACUUCAGGGCGGUUUUCGUCAUACAUAUAGAUUGGAUACGAUGACAACUGAAUCAACGUGUUUACCUGAAAAGUUACGCGAUGCAUUCCGCCUUGUUGGCGAGAAUGCCAAGUCGUACCGCCAUCAAUACGCGAACAUUUACUACCUAAGACUGGAACGACUUCGAGAAAUAGUAUUAAAACGUGCGCGAAGAAAAUGGAGUGAUGUGGCAGGGAAUCCCGCUCAUGUUCCGAAGAUAUUGGAUGUGGUGAAGGGAGAUUUAUGUUACAUCGUAGGUACCAUAUAUAUGGAUAUGCCACUCAAGCCGAAUGUCCUCGCGGACAUUGCAAAGGAGCACUGGCUCCAAGCCCCAACGACCUUCGAAAAGUAUGCCUCCCCCCAUGAUCGUAUCAUGCUCGAAGACGCAUCCGGCCGCAUUCAGCUUGAAGGCGAUGUCAUUCAACCAUCAAAAUUGCGAAUCGUCACUGGGGUUAUUAUGGCUGCGUUGGGUGUUGAAAUGGCGGGCGGAACGUUUCGUGUCGUGGAUGUUUGUUUUGCUGGGAUGGCACCGCAAAGAGUUGGAAGGGGGUUAGAUAGAAGCGAAGAUGCGAUGCAAGUCGACGAAGACUCUCGGACGGAAAACGGGGAUCAGAAACCCGAAUGGGUGGCCCUCGUUUCUGGACUUCGUUUGAACUCGAACGAUAUACCUCCGGGCCAAGAAGAGGCGUCCGAUAUUCGAUUGCAACUGCUCAUCGAAUAUUUACAAGGCGAAAUGGGGGGUGAAGAAGAACAAGGUUUGAGCAGACAGUGCCGUGCCCUGAUAAUAUUGGGGAAUUCGAUCGACGUACCAAAAAAGAGUCAAGACGACCCGAAAGCUUCAAAACGAUACAGCACGGCAACAGCAUGGGACCCAGCACCCCUUCAUCGACUUAAUGCAGCCCUUCGCGAACUAUCCUAUUCCCUCCCCAUUCAUAUCCUCCCUGGUGCGACAGAUCCAGCAGGGGCCAUAUUACCGCAACAACCCAUGCCGAGAUCGAUGUUUGGUUUUGGUGGUGCACCAGAGGCGGCGAAAGAGUCGAGGGUAUUUCGGACAGAGAGUAAUCCUACUUGGUUGGAUUUCGGUGAUGCUGGAAUGUUGGCUACGGCAGGGCAGCCAAUUGACGACAUCUUCAAGUAUGUUGAGACAACGGAUCGGCUAGCUGUCGCGAGGGACACUUUACGGUGGCGCCAUAUCGCUCCGACAUGUCCGGAUACCUUGUGGUGUUAUCCGUUCUUCAACGACGACCCAUUCAUUGUGACUCAGUCACCAAGUAUAUACGCAAUCGGGAACCAACCUCAACUCGAGACUGAGCUGGUACUCCGAAGAGAUGAGGAUGGUAGAGGAGAGGAACAGAGUGAGAUUAAGACCAGGGUGAUCUUGGUGCCAUCCUUUGCCGAAACCGGUGAUAUGGUAUAUGUGAAUACGAGGACGUUGGAGGUGAGGAGCAUUAGUUUUGCGAUUGAGCAUGGAUGGGCGAGUGGGUGAAUUGAGGAUUUGUGAAGUUAUUCUUCAAGUAUAGUACCUGAUAUGCCGGUUGGGGACGGUUUAGAGCCGGCAUUAUAAUCAUGGGAUGUAGAUGUAUUCUUCCCUAUAGCUAUACCAUUUAUUCCUAUGUGUUCAGACUUUGUG